AUGUCUAUCCGUCCUGCAACACAUGCUGGUUCCUGGUAUUCCAAGAAUGCCACUGAUCUUUCCCACCAAUUACAAACGUACUUAACCAGCACAAAGAAACCUAUCGUUUCCAAUGCGAGAGUCAUUAUUUCUCCUCAUGCUGGGUAUAGGUAUUGUGGUCAUACAAUGGCGUAUUCAUUUGCGUCAUUAGCAUUAACUAAGAAGGUAAAGAGAGUUUUCAUAUUGGGUCCCUCUCAUCAUAUCUAUUUCAAGAAUGAAGUGUUUGUGAGUGGGUUUGAUGCUAUUGAAACACCUUUGGGUGAAUUUAAAGUGGAUAAGGACGUUUGUAAGAAAUUGGUUAAAGCGAAACAUGGUAAAAAGUUAUUUGCAUUUAUGAAUCAAGAUGUGGAUAUGGAUGAGCAUUCUUUAGAGAUGCAAUUUUCCAUGUUGGCACAGACUUUGAAAUGGCGUGACAUAGAAUUGGAACAAGUGAAAGUGAUACCUAUGAUGGUGUCACAUAAUUCUACCGAAGUGGAUAUGGAAGUUGGAGAAGAGUUGGCUAAAUAUUUGGUGGACCCUGAAAACUUAUUCAUCUUAAGUAGUGAUUUUUGUCAUUGGGGGAGACGAUUUGAAUAUACUGGCUAUGUCGGUAGUGAAGGUGAAUUAAAGGAGGCUAUGGAAGAGGAGACAGAAAUUGAAAUGUUAACUGCAAGAAGUAAAUUAAAGCAUCAUCAAGUGCCCAUUUGGAAAUCUAUUGAAAUAUUAGAUAGGGCUGCCAUGCAUACGUUAUCUGAAUCAACUAAUGAGAACAGAUACAAGGCUUGGAAAAGGUAUUUAGAAAUUACGGGAAACACCAUUUGUGGUGAGAGACCUAUUGGUGUUAUUUUAGCUGCGCUAUCGUAUCUUCCAAAAGAUGAAAAAGUUACUUUUGAAUGGCCAAAUUAUUCACAAAGUUCACAGGUGCAAAAUUUAGAUGAAAGUAGUGUAAGCUAUUCAUCUGGUUACGUAACAUUGUAG